UGAAGAGAACAAUUCUUUCAAGACAUGUAAAUGAAUUGUUUUCAUGUCAGAGACUAGUAUUUACUCUCCAAACUGAGCUGCUUUUUCUUCUUCCCUACACCACUGAUUUUGACAUAAGUCUUUAAAGUUACUUUACAGAAUGUACCGGACAGGUCACAAAAUGAUGAUGAUGUUUUGAUCUCAUCUUCCCUUUUUCUUUUUUUAAUACCGAUGCUAUUUUGCCUUUCAAACUUUGUUCCCAUUUCUGUUGCUUCAAAGGCUGAAAACAAGGGAGCCAGCAACACGAUGAUUGGCGUGAUCUUUGGAUGUUAUGCUUUAUUUGAGUUUCUGGCAUCUUUGGUAUUUGGAAAAUAUCUUGUACAUAUUGGAGCAAAAUUUAUGUUCAUAGCAGGAAUGUUUAUCUCGGGAGGAGUUACAAUUAUUUUUGGUGUCAUGGACCAACUUCCGGAUGGACCAAUAUUUAUUAUUAUGUGUUUUCUAGUGAGGGUAAUAGAUGCCAUAGGCUUUGGAGCAGCAAUCACUGCCUCAUCUUCCAUCCUCACAAAGGCUUUCCCAAAUAACGUGGCAACUGUAUUGGGAAGUCUCGAGGUCUUUACUGGACUGGGGCUUGUAGUCGGUCCUCCUCUAGGUGGCUUCUUGUAUCAAUCCUUUGGCUACGAGAUGCCUUUUAUUUCUCUGGGGUGCGUAGUUCUGCUGAUGAUACCACUCAACAUAUGCAUCUUACCCAGUUAUGAGUCUGAUCCAGGUGAACACUCAUUCUGGAAACUUGUCACGUUACCCAAGGUCGGCCUUAUAUCCUUCACCCUCAUCUCUGUGAGCUCAUGCUUUGGCUUCCUUGACCCUAUUCUGUCUCUCUUUGUCUUGAGCAAGUUUAAUUUACCAGCUGGAUACGUGGGGUUGGUCUUCCUGGGACUGGCACUGUCCUAUACCAUUUCUUCCCCGCUGUUUGGCCUGCUAAGUGACAAAAUGCCAACAGACUCCCAUAUGUAUCAAGAUGCUGCUGUGUGUGUGGGAUUACUUACUACCUCGGGUGCCAAAAUGCACCUGAGGAAGUGGCUUCUGGUUUUUGGCAACUUAAUCACAGCAGUGUGCUUCAUGCUCUUAGGACCUGCCCCAAUCGUGCACAUUAAAAGUCAGAUGUGGCUGCUGGUGCUGAUAUUGGUAGUCAAUGGCAUCGCUGCUGGGAUGAGCAUAAUUCCAACCUUCCCGGAGGUCCUCAGCUGUGCAUAUGAAAAUGGGUUCGAAGAGGGAUUAAGUACACUGGGACUUGUAUCAGGCCUCACUAGUGCCAUGUGGUCUGCAGGUUUUCUUUCCACUGCUAGUGCCUUUAUAGGACCAAUGCUGGGUGGAUUUCUGUAUGAGAAAAUUGGAUUUGAGUGGGCAGCAGCUUGUGGAGGCUUGUGGCCUCUGACUAGUUGUCUUUCAUUUCAUCAAAGGGAUUAGCGAUGGGCUUGUUUUACCUCCUGGAAGACUCUAGAAGAAGAUCUAAACCCCAGAGCUUCGACGGCACAGAGGAGGAGGAAGCUGCUCUUCUGCCCCUCAGAGUUUAGCUGGAUCAGCUGAGUGACUGGGGCUGGGGGCAGGGAGCAUGGCCGGAAGUCACUGCUGGGAGAUUUCCUGUUUUAUCACAGAGCUCCAUGGACUCCACACUAACAUGCUGGAAGCGUCAACAUAAUUUGGGAUGAUUUCUAUCAGACUGCACUUCCUGUUGUCCUGAAAAGCUGGCCCUACCGAGCCAAUCAUAUUUACAACAUUUAUUAUGAGAAGGAUUGUUGAAAAGCAAUAAAAGUUUGUGUCUUUUUGUU